CCUCUCGCCUCUCAUUCUUCUCUCUGCUUCUACACUUGUCUAUAUUCUGUGACAUAACCCCCAAAAUAUUUGAUAGAUUUGGUUGUGUACAGUGAUAAAUAAGUCGAAAAAUGUCAUUAAAAAGAAAAUUGACGCAGACUGAUUUGCGUAAAGCGAUGAGCGAGCACAAGAAGAGGAUCGGUACAAUUAAGAUCGACUCACCAUUAGCAAAAUAUACAGAUUCAGGUCAACUUAUGUGCAUUUUAUGCAAAUUGGUUGUACGCAGUGAAACAGUUUGGCCUGUUCAUUUAAACUCCAAAACACAUAAGGAAAAUGUAGCAUUAGCAAAAGUGGCAAAACUGGAAAUGGAAAGCUUUGCAAAGACAUCUAACGUUUUACCAUUCAAAAGACCUUCUUCUCCAUCUCAAGACAAUUUUGCAAAUAAGAAAAUAAAAGGAAUAUUGAAAAAUUCUAAUCGUCCGGAAGUGCAAACAAAGUCAAGUUUAUCAAAAGAUUUCUUUCAUAAUAAUAAUUUAAAUCAAGUAAAUGAUACAUCUAUGCAAAAAUUAGAAAAUGAAGAUACUAUAGCGAGUACUGCAGAUGUGCAACACAUGGAAACAGAAGUAGAGAAAAUAAAGGAUACAAAUCCAGCUAUUCUUCCAGAAGGAUUUUUUGAUGAUCCAAUAAUGGAUGCUAAAGUACGUAAUGUUGAAUAUAAAGAUCCUAUUGAAGAAGAAUGGGAAAAAUUUCAAAAAGAAAUUAAAGAAGAGACUGCGCAAUCUGCACAGAUUAUUGCUGAUGAUCAGGAGGAAGCAACAACAGAAAGGCAAUUGGAUGAAAUUGAAGAGCAAAUUAGGCAUUGGUCUAGGGUAAUAGAUCUUGCAAAACACAUGGAACAAGUGCAAGGUACUGAUAGAAAGCAAGAAAAUAUUGAUGAUGAUGUAUUAAGCAGUGAUGAAGCAGAAUUUGAGGAGUUUCUCGACUGGCGAGCAAAAAAUUCGUAUAAAUAAAUCAUUUUAUGUGUGUACAGUGA